AUGCAAAAGCAUACUAAUAGCUGUAUAAAUGCACCAGAAUCUGCUAAAACAAUUAAAGCCAAUUCUCAACAAGUAAAUCUAGUUAAUAACCCAGAGUUAAAAACUAGACAAGGUGUUAUAGACAAUUAUGUAUACGUUGAUAAAAUAGAUUGUAAUAAAUUAUUAGAUUUAGAAUAUAAAUUUGCUAAAAUAAAAUUUUUUCAUACUCUUCGAUCAUCAUUUAAAAUUUCUAAUUAUGUAAAAUUAUUUGGAGAGCUUUUAAAUAAAGUUUAUGAAGAUAUCAAAAAAGGAGUUGAAGUUGAAAUUAAAAAUUAUAAGAAAGAAAUUGCACUUGUUCUUCCAGCACUUACAAGAUGGAGUACACAUUUAGAAUGUAUAAAAUCACUUAUGAAAUCGCAAACAGCAAUUCAACAAAUGCUUUUUGAUCCUAGUACAAUGACUUUAAAUUCAGAACCGAUUAUUGCUACAUUGAAAGCAUUUGAAAGUAAUAACUCUGCUAUUUCAACAAUUUAUUCUCGUUUUAAUACAAUUUUAGUAGAAAUUCAAAAAAUUGAAUGCAGUUAUUCUACUGAAAUUUAA